AACUUGGUUUUAACCUGCAGUGCUUGAGCACUUGUGUCAUAAUCCAUCAGAUCACUAAAAACGGCAAAAAUGGCCAGAGUUUGUCUGCUGGUUUUCAUUGUUUAUAUUCAACUGGGGAUAUCUGGACUGAGUGCUGACACUGCAGAGGACAACACAGAGACUGUGUUUAUCUCUCAGCAGACAGCACACUUGGUGCUGAAACGCCAACGACGAUACAACAGUGGCCGUUUGGAGGAAAUCCUACAGAAGGCUAACCUGGAGCGGGAAUGUAGGGAGGAGCAAUGCAACAUGGAGGAGGCCAGGGAGUGGUUCGAGGACGACGAGAAAACUACACAGUUCUGGGCUGCCUAUAUUGAUGGUGAUCAAUGUGAGCCAAAGCCCUGCCAGAAUGGCGGAGUUUGUCAGGAUGGAGUAGGCUCGUAUAUCUGCUGGUGCAGACCUAACUUCAGUGGCAAAAACUGUGAGACCGACAUGACCAGACAGUGUUCUGUCAACAAUGGUGGCUGUUCGCAUUUCUGCAAAAUGCAAGCACGGCGGGCUGUAUGUCAUUGUGCAGCUGGUUAUAAACUUGGAACAGAUAGAAAAAGCUGUGAAGCAACAGGAUCAUUCAGUUGUGGUAUUGUGAGCCUGUCCUCUGGAGCUGUUACCAGAUCACUCAGGUGGGCAGCAUCCUCAAACCCAGCAAGCUCUGUUAAAAUACAACAAAACUCCACCAGCAGCCAUCAGGAUUACUACGAUUAUUAUGAAGAAACUGAGGAUUAUCCCAACCCCCCAUUGAAUGCAUCAGACCUGUCUGACAACUCAUCAGCUUCUGUAAUAAAUAUAAGGUCAGUGCGGUUGAGCUCCAGUUCCUCUUUAAACUCUGCUAACACUGUAAACAUCAGUGCCACGACAGAUGCAACCAAAAGUCCUCUAGAAAAGUAUUCCUGGGGUUUCCCUACACUCCCCACCAUCACAGAGGACAAAAACUCAGACCAGAGGAUUGUUGGAGGAAAUGAUGCCAGACCUGGAGAGAUACCUUGGCAGGUGGCCCUAAUGACUUUUCUACCCAAGUAUAACAAAACGCUGCCUGUCUGUGGAGGCUCUCUGAUUAGUGAAUUUUGGGUAAUCACUGCUGCUCACUGUCUGGUUACGGCCAGAUUAAAUGGACACAGUAUCUUCGUCAGAGCUGGUGAAUUUGAUGUGAACGUGGUCGAGGCUACAGAGAGCAACCAUGAUGUGGCAGAGGAGCACAUCUUCCCCUCUUAUGACUAUAAUAAAUCCCAGUACGAUCAUGAUCUUGCCCUACUGAAGCUGUCCACUCCUGUUGUACUCUCAAAUGAGAGACGUCCCAUCUGCCUGGGCCCAAAACCCUUCAUACAGAGUCUCCUAAGAGAUUCCAGCAGCUCCUUGGUGAGCGGCUGGGGACGGACGGGCAGCCUGGGCCGUCUGUCCGAAAAGCUUCAGAAGAUAUCUGUUCCUCACGUGGACCGUACACUGUGCCACCAGAGCAGCAAGUCCAAAAUCAGCGCUUUUAUGUUCUGUGCUGGCUUUUCAGAUGGUUUGAGUGAUUCCUGUGAGGGGGACAGCGGUGGACCACAUGCCACCAACUACAAAGGAACUUGGUUCCUCACUGGCAUAGUCAGCUGGGGGGAGGGUUGUGCCCAGAAGGGGAAAUAUGGUGUCUACACCCGAGUUUCACGGUACUACUCCUGGAUUACUGGAAAAACUGGAAUCUUAGAGAACAACUGAAAAUGUUUAGCUUGGUUUAUUAAGGGUUUGGUCAACUUUUUUCCUUAUAAAAGUUAGAAGAGGUUAAUUUCUCACCUAUAUUAAAUAUCACUCUUAGUUCCUUGCAAUGAAAUCAGAGGCUGAAGCUAAUGGUUAGAUUGAGGAGGACAAACAGCAAAGGAGAUUUCUACCAUCUCAAAACAACUAUAACCUCAAAAAUAUCAUAACAGUCAAGGCCAAGGCUAUUUUGUGAUCUUUUGAGUCAUCAUCUUGUUUGGAUCAGGAUGGUAUUUAUACAGAUAUCCGUUUUUUUUUGUUUUUUAUUAUGGAGGCAGGAAGUAGAGUGCCAGUUAAUUUUCCUAUGGGAAACACAAACUGACAGAGGAAACAUUUAAAGAUUAGAAAAAAUUAAAUAAAAUUAGAUUAAAAGAAAAUGUUGCUGCUUGAGAUUAGGUCUAAGUAAUUUAUUUGACCUUCUCUCUCCCUGACUCAUUAAAGUAGUUAUUCUUUUAGCUCAGCAUCUGUGAUCCACAACCACAAUGCCAAGGAAUGAUAUUGACUCUAAUGUUUUACGCACAAAUCCACAGA